GAAGCCUCCGUUUUUCAGUCAGUGCCGACGCCGAUUCCGACCUAGCUCCAUCACCACGAUCUCACCGACUAACUCAACAUGUCUCUCGACGAGCAAUUCAAACAAGUCGCUGACUCCGUAAGGAACUGGAAGACCAAGCCCUCCGACUCCGAGAACCUCGCCAUCUACUCCCUGUACAAGCAGGCCAUCGCCGGAGACGUCAACAUCCCUGAACCCAGCGGCGUCGUAGAGAAGGCCAAGUGGAAGGCGUGGAGCGGUCGCAAGGGUAUCUCUGCCGAUGACGCCAAGAAGCAGUACAUCGACCUUGCCCAGCAAUAUGCGGGCAAAUACGCCUGAAUCUUAGUUUAAGUUUAUUUGUUAAGAAUUUGUUACUAAUAAAAUAAUAACUUAACUUUA